AUGAAGGAGAUCGCGGAACGAUUGGGUGCUGUCGGUGCUACUCGCCUUCCAGGAUGGGGACAGCGUGAUCCUUACUGUGCCUGGUUGGAUACACUACAAGAUAUGGCUGCCAACCGAUGUCAGUGGCGUUCCUGUUGUCAGUUUCUAUCCAGAUUGCCUGACUAUGAACCGUGUGCCAUAGGCACAGUGGUUCCAACUGCUACAACUUCUAUCACCGGAAAACGGGAAAAUGGGAUCUACAACCAAACCCUGGAGGCGGAUGCUCAGUUUAUUCGAAAAUAG